GCGGUCCCCGGGAGAAGGAAGCGCUCGCUCGGCUUUGGAGAGGAGGAGAAGGGGGGUGAUGAGAGCGAGUGGAGCGAGUGGGCGUAAAGGCAAAACACUCCUCCUUCCAGUCGGCGGUGUUCUCUCUCUCUGGCAGUCCCGGUUUUACGCUAGCUUUUUUGGGGGACACGAGAUAGAGAGCUUCGUUGGAUUGAGAUUGGAUGUACAGCGCGCCACGGCUACAACUAUUACCGCUAACUAAUGCCAAAUAACAUGGAUGCUUGCGUUUAUGUUGCUGCGCCUGGAAGAUUGGCGGUUUCCCACGGAUUUUUGCCAUUGUGGAAUUUAUUAUAAGCCUAUUUUGGUUCGUGACGUGACGCGUAAAUCUGCAAGAUGACAGAGGGGCGGCGAUGUCAAGUUCACCUUUUGGAUGACAGAAAGCUAGAGCUACUUGUACAGCCCAAGCUCAUGGCCAAGGACUUGCUGGACCUGGUGGCAUCGCAUUUCAACCUCAAAGAGAAGGAGUACUUUGGCAUCGCAUAUGUAGAUGAGACGACUCACUUCAGCUGGCUGCAGUUGGAUCGGCGGGUUUUAGAACACGAGUUCCCUAAGAAGUCGGGUCCUAUCGUCCUGUACUUCUGUGUCAGGUUCUAUAUAGAGAGUAUCUCCUACCUGAAGGACAAUGCAACCAUCGAGCUGUUUUUCCUCAACGCCAAGAACAUCAUUUAUAAGGAACUCAUUGAAGUAGAAAGUGAAGUCGUCUUUGAACUGGCUUCUUAUAUUCUACAAGAGGCCAAAGGAGAUUUCACUAGUAAUGAUGCAACACGGGCGGACCUGAAAAAGCUCCCUGCCCUGCCCACCCAGGCCCUCAAGGAGCACCCCUCUCUAGCAUACUGUGAGGACCGAGUCAUCGAGCAUUAUAAGAAGCUGAAUGGACAGUCCAGGGGGCAGGCCAUAGUAAAUUACAUGAGUAUCGUGGAGUCCCUGCCCACAUAUGGAGUACAUUACUAUGCUGUAAAGGACAAGCAAGGCAUCCCAUGGUGGCUGGGCUUAAGCUAUAAGGGCAUCUUCCAGUAUGACUACCAGGACAAAGUUAAACCCAGGAAGGUGUUUCAAUGGCGGCAGUUGGAGAACCUCUACUUCAGAGAAAAGAAGUUUUCUGUGGAAGUUCAUGACCCCAGGAGUCGUGCGUCGGUGACCCGCAGAACGUUCGGCCACAGUGGCAUCGCGGUGCACACCUGGUACGCCUGCCCCGCCCUCAUCAAGUCUAUCUGGGCCAUGGCCAUCAGCCAGCACCAGUUCUAUUUGGACCGCAAGCAGAGCAAGUCUAAAAUCCACGCAGCACGCAGUUUGAGUGAAAUCGCCAUAGACCUCACAGAAACCGGAACACUGAAGACGUCCAAACUGGCCAACAUGGGCAGUAAGGGCAAGAUCAUCAGCGGCAGCAGUGGGAGCCUGCUCUCCUCAGGCUCCCAGGAGUCGGACAGCUCGCAGACAGCUAAGAAGGACAUGCUAGCAGCUUUGAGGGCCCGACAGGAGGCGCUAGAGGAGACGCUGAAGCAGAGGAUAGAAGAGCUUAAGAGCAUCUGCAUCAGGGAGGCGGAGCUGACAGGGAAGCUUCCUAAAGAGUACCCCCUGGAUCCUGGAGAGGAGCCGCCCACAAUCCGUCGUAAGAUCGGGACUGCCUUCAAACUGGACGAGCAGAAGAUUCUACCCAAAGGAGAGGAGGAGGAGCUGGAACGUCUGGAGAGGGAGUUUGCAAUCCAGUCUCAGAUCACAGAGGCGGCACGGCGCUUGGCCAGUGACCCUCAUGUGAGCAGUAAGAAGCUGAAGAAGCAGAGGAAGACGUCCUACCUGAACGCCCUCAAGAAGCUCCAGGAGAUUGAAAACUCCAUCAACGAGUACAGGGUCCGCUCGGGCAAGAAGCCAACACAGAGGGCAUCACUCAUCAUAGAAGAAGCCAAUAUCGGUUCAGAAGACAGUUCAUUAUCGGAUGCACUUGUCCUGGAUGAUGAUGAUCCUCAGGUCACGGGCACCCCUAACUUCUCCCCUCUGGCGUCACCUCACAAGGGCCUGCCCCCCCGGCCGCCCUCCCAUAGCCGCCCCCCUCCCCCACAGUCCCUGGACGGGCUUAGGCACCUGCACUACACCCGCUCCGACUACGACAAGUCUCCCAUCAAACCCAAGAUGUGGAGUGAGUCGUCCCUGGAUGAGCCCUACGAGAAGAUCAAGAAGCGCUCCUCACACUCCAGUCAUAGACGUUUCCCCAGCUCAGGCAGUGCAGAGGGGGGCAGUAGCUCUUUGCAGAACAGCCCUGUCAGAGCCCUGCCCACCUGGAACUGUCAGUCCAGCACCCCCUCCACCCCCGACAUGAAAGCCCGGACCCCCCAUUAUGUACAUUCCACAAGGUCGGUGGACAUCAGCCCCACCCGUCUGCACAGCCUCGCUCAGCACUUUAGAAACCGCAGCUCCAGUUUGGAGUCCCAGGGCAAACUUCUCACGUCAGACAGUGAGGGCCACCCGCACACCCUGGGCACCCUGGGAAGCCCCGACUUCUUCCUGGGACCACCCCGUACCUCCAACGGCUCCGACCCUCUGGACGAUUGCUCGUCCUGCACCAGCCAGAGCAGCUCGGAGCACUACUACCCCUCUGGACCUCUGGGGCCCGGGGGCAACGCCAACUACUCCACCCUGGGAGAGGACUCACCGUCCAAGGCCCGUCAGAGGCAGAGGCAAAGGCACAGGUCUGCAGGUCAGCUGGGCUCCUCUAACUCCGGCUCUAUGCCUAACCUGGCGGCUAAGAAUGGCACAGGGGGAGGCUCAGGUGGAGGAGGCACAGGAGGUGGACACCACGGCGUGUACCUACACAGUCAGAGCCAGCCCUCCUCACAGUACCGCAUCAAGGAGUACCCUCUGUAUGUGGAGGGCAGCCCCAACCCCGUGGUGGUACGCAGCCUGGAGAGCGACCAGGAGGGCCACUACAGUGUCAAAGCCCAGUUCAAGACCUCCAGCUCAUACACGGCCGGAGGACUGUACAAAGAGGCCUGGGGAGGGGGGGAUGAGGGGGGAGAGGGGGGCCGGCUCACACCCUCGCGCUCACAGAUUGUACGGACUCCAUCGUUAGGGAGGGAGGGGGGAGGAGGGGGGAGCAGGGCGGCUGUAUCGGAGGAGCUGAGGUGCUGGUACCAGAGGUCCUCGGGCAGCCUGAAGGAAAGGAGCCACUCCAGCUCCACCUCUGAGCAGAGCACCCCAGGCCACGGCAGAGGCAGCAGGGUGGGCUCGCUCGCCAAGGGAUCACCAGUGGCCUCCCCUCACAGCCAGCGGAGUCUGACCCCAUCCAGUGAGCAUGCAGCUACCCCCACUCCCCCCUGUAGCCCCCAGCACAUCCUCAACUGGCAGAGCGGGUCGUUCAGUGACUGCUGUUUCCUCGGCAGCCCCCUGUGCUCCGAGCUGGCAGACGUGCAGUGGUACGGACGCGACAAGGCCAAGCCCGGGACCCUGGUCUGAGUCCUCCUUCUAGAGCCCUACGCGGUCUAACCCAUACGGACAUUCCUACAACUGUACCCCCCAUACGCCCCCUACAGGCCCCUCAUAGCACCAUCCACAACCAGGACCCUCACCCAGGACCCCCCACCCAGGACCUCCGGGAAGGGCUUUCACAGACUGGGAGCUCUGGGGGCAUAGCACACACGCGACUGGGCAAAAAACACAGGGAGGUUUGAAAUGGAGAGCACAGAACAUGUUGAACAAAAGCAGCAAAAACUGUUUCAGGAUCACACUGCAAAAAUACAAUAUGUCUGCACGAGUUGCCGUGGCUGCAGUUUAGAAUGUGGGUCUGGGUUUGAGUCGUUUGGACAAGUGUAGAUUCAUUUACUUUGUGAUGUAGAUUCUUCCCCUGGUUUUAAAGGUGCACUAACAUUUCUGUUUGAGGGUCUGCCACCUGUUUGUCUCCAUGGAGCUACUUUGCCAAGAAUGUUACCAAGAAUGAAUGGCAUUAAACAUAACAAUCUUGCUUUUAUUCAAUUACAGGUGUGUUUUUUUAUUGCUAACAAAAUGAGAAACAUACAUUCUUUCUGUGAACGGACCUAACUUUGCCUGUUAACGAUAAUUGCUUGUCUCCAUGGAAAACUUGAAUGCCAUACUUGGGAACAUUCAAAGCAACUAGAAGCAGGUGGUGGAAAACUUAGAGUACCUUUAAGAUAUUUCAGUAUGAUCUUCAUAAUGUUCACAUUGAAGUAAAAUGAUUAUACUUUGUCCAUUUUAAAUCAAAUAUAAUUCCGUUACAUUUUUUUUUUAUUUGCAGUUUUUUUCUUUCCUGUACUUACAUUUAAAUACUUAAAUGAGUCCAAACUGCCCAAACCAAGACUACCAUUCCAAAUUCAAGUGGCUUUAACUCACUAGCAGACAUAGUUUUUGCGGUGCACAUGUCCCCUGUCACUGCACUGCCCUGUCAGUCUUCACCUGCUGGAUUUGAGCCACCACAAUCCUGUCCCUCUUUUCACACGUCCAAACCCAUUUUAUAUUUAUGAAAAAGAGAGAAAGAUCUAUAUGAAUUAUGGAUACUACGCCACUCCUGUCAGAAGAACCCACAACCAAAGACAAGUCGGAGAAGUGACAUUGUUGCAAAGGAUUCUGGGACAUUUUCGAGACAUGGACUAUAGCAAUAACAACUAUAUGGACUAUGAAUUAUCCCCCUAUGAAAAAAUACAACUUUUUCCAGGCCAUAUUGUUAUGAACUUGUCAAAUUAUCAAAAAGUGUUCAAAAUUUUGGGAUUAUGUCAAGAUACUGUGGCACAAUUGUCACGCAAAGACUAUAAAAAAAAUAUAAAUAUUGUUUAAAAAAUUGUUUAUUUUCAUCCCCAAAUUUUUAAAUCUAUUGUUUAAAUAUGAAUUCCUCAUCUUCAUCAUUUGUGCUAUUUAUCAUGCCAUCAUUUGUACUUGUUCCUUUUUAAUAUAGAUAUUAUUUAUAAUGGUGAACUGUAUGUUUUUUUUAUUAGUGCCAAAUAUGCUGGUGCUUCAACUUAAAAUACUGACUUCAUGACAAAAACUAAUUAUUUUAAGUUCACUGAAAUAGAAAAGUACUGAUUGCAAUUAACCCAUUUAGCUUGUGGCUUUUAUACAUUUACUUCAUUAACUUAAAGCACAACAUUAAUACAGUCCAAAAGGGCCUAGUUUUGAAAUUGCAAAAUUACAUUGGACAAUUUUCAGUAGCUUGGUCAUAAUUUAGAUUUUUUGUUUUGUUAAAAGAUUUGAAAGCAGUAAAUCCAGCAAGAUCAUUUGGGAAGAAAUAGUUGAAAUAUAAAAAAGAACAAAAAAUGGAAAAGAACCAUAACAGUGCAGAAUUUCCGAAAUUUAGUUGGAAAUUUGUGACAUUUGGUGCCAUUACGAGAUAGAGCCAAAGAAACAAACUCCAGUCGCAAUGGAAAGGGUACAAAAAUGAGAUUCAUGGAUUUUGUACCUUUAUAAAACUAUUAAAUAUAAGCAAAGUAUUUACACCUUAAAUAGAAACACACUCUUGCUGGAUGUUAAUUGCCAAAAUUAAUCCAAUCACUCGAAAUGACACAUUUUUAAGUUUUGGUUAGGCUUAAAGUGCAUAUGACAAGUUUUGAUGUUUUUCUCUUUUUUUUUCCUUGGACUUGGUUUGGUGGGUUAAUACCUUGCUGUGGUCAGUAUUUAUUAUAGUUUUACAUCAGUUAAGUGAGAGUUUGUGGAAAGAAAGUACAAAAAUACAGGUAGUAGCGCUCAGCUCAAAAUCAGAAUACCUGGUGUACAAGGAAGACAUUUUUCUGGCAGUUUCAAAAUUGAUUUAACAAAAUUAAACAAGUUUUGGCCUUUGUUUACAUUAUGGUUGCUAGGUAACAGUUCUGAAAUAACCUCUGUAUUUCAUAUCUGCGGAGUCCAACCAGGAAGUAAAUGAAUAAAUAAGAACCAAAAAACUGGACAAAAUUAAGUAAAAUACAAUCAUGUGAACUAUGUUUUAGUGAAAACAUACUCCAACCUGUCAUAUGCACUUAAAAUAUUUGAUCCCAAACCCCCCAAAUAAAGCCAUAUGAAAAACGAGAUAUUUAAAACCACCUCUCUAACAAUCAAAAAUUACAAAAAGGUUAGAAAAGCACAUUUUAUUAUAAUUUUUUUCUGCAUGAUUCUUGAUACAUUACCCUUGAUAAAAUUAUUUCCAAGUAGACAUUUUAAGUUAAAUUUCAGCACUACGAUAAAUUCUAUUGUAAAAUUGUAAAAUCUUUUCAAAUUGUUUCAGCUUUUUGUCCCUUCUGUAGAAUUUCGAAAGCAUUGACUCCCAAAUGCAUGCCAAUCAGACAGCCCCCUCAUCGAUGUCCAGUGUGCCGACAUUUCCAGCAUUUUGACCCUGUUUCUGACCCCAUAUUGACCUCUGACCCCGACGUGAUGAAGUGACACGCUCCCUCACCCGGUUCCACACACGCCGCUGUUUCCUGUGCGCUUUUGUAUAUCAGAUUUGCCCUUAUGUUGCGAGGGACACUGUAUAAGGUAUAGGUGGGGUUUUUAACAUUGACUCUCCGUUUUAACAACUUUUAUAAGAAUUUUAAGUUCCUUGUACGACCCGUUCAGGUGCUACAAAUGACUAGUUACUGCUUCGUCGCGUAGGAUCCUUAGACUUAUUCACAAUAGAUUCAAUGCCAGAUGUGCAAACAAAAGCUUAUUUUGACAGUUUAAAGGGCCCAUAUUAUGCUAAUUUUUGAUUCAUGUUAUAUGUUGUGAUGUCGUGUGGUAAUACAGGAAGUGCUCCACUGUGUUUUUAAACUCCAUACACCUUCAUUACAAACAUUUGGAUGGUUUCAGCCCUGGAAUUGCCAGUCUUCUGAACAAAAGGUAAAAGGUAGCUGUUAACUUGAAAACUACCGGUUCAUGACAUCACAAGGUGGAACAGAGCAUUUUGAGCUUUAGAGACAUAGACAGACAAAUAGUAAAGGGUUACUCAAUCAUGCGUGAAUGAACCACAACACUUCUCCGGGUAUGUUUUUUUUAGGAGGAUUCUAACAUGGCUUAAAGCUCACAAGAGUCAAUUUUGCGUAAUAUGGGACCUUUAGAAUAGAACCAUCGACCUACCAGAUAGAGCAUGUAACUUAAUUUUAUCACUUAUGUUGUAACCAGAAAUUUUAAAUUGUUGUAGAAAAAUGUGGAAUUGGGGGAAAAUAACAGAAUUCCACAGUUAAUUUAUUCUUUUUUCUAUUAAGAAUUUGUAAAGUAACUUUACAUUUUUCAAAACUGUGUUGUUGGAAAUGGAUGAAUUUUCAAGCUGAGAAUCCG